AUGGACUAUACAACAAAUCACCCCCAACAAAAACAAUUUUCCCUUCAAAAAAUUCAUUUAUUCCAUUCAAACAUUUCUGACAAUUUUGACGACUUUACCUUCCAAAAAUAUAUUUCAACUUCUGAUUUUUGUGGAUCGGAUUUUUUGAAGAAAGAAAAGAGAAAUUUAUUAAAAUUUAGUAUUGAAAAUAUUUUACAGCCAGAUUUUGGAAUUUUAAAUAAUAAGAACGAAGAAAUAAACAUCAAUUUAACAACAAAUUUAUCUCCCAAGAAUAAUUUAAACAAUAACGGUUGUUGCACAAAUAAAUGUAAUGAAUUUUUACCUCCUUGGAUUUUCUGUACUCGUUAUUCUGAUAGACCCGGUUCAGGUUCUCGACUUAGAAAAUCAAAGAAAAAAGAUAUUGGAGAGGAGGAUAAGAGGCCAAGAACUGCGUUUACUGUAGAACAGCUCGAACGACUAAAAGGCCAAUUUAUUGCCAAUCGCUACUUAACUGAAAAAAGAAGACAAGAAUUGGCACAUGAAUUGGGGCUAAAUGAAUCGCAAAUUAAAAUUUGGUUUCAGAAUAAACGUGCAAAAUUGAAAAAAUCAGUUCAGAGGGCUCACCAAACAUUUGCAAAUCAAAGCAUAAAAUUGCAGAAUAGAGAAUUUUACAAACAAAGAUGA